GUGCCCACACAGAAGGAGGAGUGCCCACGGAGACUGGUGCCCUGCCAGCACUGUGAGCUGGAGGUGACGGCAUCGGAGUACCAACGUCACCUUGAGUACUGUGAAGCACGUACUGAACGUUGUAAGGGUUGUACCAAGUACGUACAACUCAAGUACCUGCAGUUCCACUACGAACAUGACCACAAGUACCUUAAACCUGAGGAUAAAGGCAAUCAGAAUGGCUCAGACGACGAGAGCUCAGAGGAGUGUCCCAUCUGUCUGGGCCCCGUCACACUGCCCCUGGCACUGGAGUGUGGGCACACCUUCUGCAUGGUCUGUGUCAAGGGUAUCGCCAACACCACCAAGAACUGUGCCAUCUGUAGAAGAGACAUACCCAGGGACAUGCUCAUGGAUAUAAGGUUCUGCAGGGAGGAGGACAUCAUCAAGAACUACGUGAACAAGCCCAAGAACAAGAAGAACACCCGGAGUCACAGUGUUCCCAGCAGGAGCACGACCACCACUCGACGCUUAGCUCACCACACCACUCAGGAAUAUGACGAUAUGGUAUCAGCCCUGUUGUCUACCCGAACUUCAUCAGCGCUGUAUCGGUAUGAGCGACCCUCCAACACCCACACACCUCCAUCCUACACUCCAUACUCCUCCUCCUCCACCACAACCACCACCACCUCCUGCCAGGAUUCCUGCCAGGACUCCUGCAAGGACUCGGAUAAAGAGUCGAAGGAUGAUGACUGUUGUUGUUCGACCUCUGCUACCACGACUACUUCCCUUGUUUCUUCCACCACAACCACCGCUACCACAACUACCACCCCCUCCCCUCCCAGAGCAACCACCACUACCACCUCCUCCUCCUCCUCCUCCUACAAGCCUCCAACAGUCUCGUCCACAAGGACCACCAGCAGUUCGGACACAUCUGUGAGGUCCUCAGUCGUCUCAACUUCCAGUACAAGAAACACAUCUUCCAUCACCAGAACCAACACUUCGUCAGGUACCAGGUCCACCACCUCUACAGGUACCAGGUCCACUACCUCCACGGGUACCAAGUCCACCACCUCCACAGGUACCAGGGCCACUGCCACCCAAUCAGAGACAAAAUCUUCCACAACAUCUUCCACCUCCACCUCCACCUCCUCCUCCUCCUCGGUGUCAUCUUCCACAGGCUUCACUCACGGUGCUCGCCCAAGACGACCCACAUCCUUGGCGGUGGAAACCUUCUCUAUUCUCUCUGAACUGAGCAACUCCGUCAGUUCGGGGUCUUCCACUAGCAAAACCUCAUCACGUUCCUCAGCUUCCAGCACUGUGGAACCUCCCAAGAAUGCGACUCAGGAGCAGUAUGACAGGUGGCUGGCCUUCCAGCUGGCCAAGGCUGAGGAUGAUCUCCCGGCUUCUGAGUUCAACCGUAAACACCGCCCAACCUUCAGACGAUCCCUCUCCAUGCCUGAACGAGCGGGGAGUUCGUCAGAUAGCAGCAGCAGCAGCAGUGACACAGAGGACUCUGACUCACCGUCCUCCAGAGGCAGCUCACGUCGGCCUCCAGCUUCCCCAAGGAGCGCCGCAGCCUCCGCAUCCUCCUCCUCGUCCUCGGCCUCGUCCUCCAGCAGGAGUACCCCAAUCAGCAAGUCUUCGAGUGACUCGAACGCUGCCACCAGCAGCAGCAGCAGCAGCAGCAGCGUCCUCAGCACAGGAGCUAGACCCAAGAGCACUGGCCUCAAGAAGAGAGUGUCCUUCAAGGAAGACGCGCCUCCGGUGCGUCGCGAGGCUCCGGUGAUGCUUCCCUGUGAGUUCUGUGAUGAGAUGUUUCCUGAGAGAGACUUGAUGAGACACCAGACCAGCUGUGAGCAGAACGAGACGCAGCUGCCCAGGACAUCCCGUCUCAUCCAGCGGACCACAGCUGUCACUAGCCCCACUGUAACUCCCUCCAUCUCCACCUCCUCUUCCUCCCUCUCCUCCAUCUCCACCACCACCACUGCCUCCAUCUCCACCAGAGUCACAUCAGUCACUUCGUUGUCUUCUAGUUCGACGAUACAGUCCACUUCGGGUCCUCCUAGAAGUCCUGGACCCGCGUCUCCUGCACCAAGGAAAGCUCCUGGACGGACUCCAACACCAGUGUGUACUCCCCCAAGGAAGAGCACAGCGCCCAACCCAGCUUCAAUCCCGCCCAAACCCUCAGAGUCAGGUACAUCCAACAACAGGAAGAGUCCAGCUCCUAUUCCUCCAAGAACUCAAGUGUCACCAACUAGAAGAAGUCCAACACCUACUUCUGCAAGAGUUCGGAGUCCUGCGUUCAGUCCCCCACCGAGGUGCCCUCCAUCUGUGAGUCCCCCGCCGAUCUGUCCCCCGGCAACUACUACAAUAACUAUCGUGGACCAGCCGCCGUCUGUGGUGGUGUCCCCCAGCUUGUGCUCCAGCAGUAGCAGCAGGCCCUUCAGUGUCAGUCCUGCGCCAAGCGGCUCCACCAGCAGCGGCUCCGUCAGCAGCAGAUCCGUGUCCACGACACCAUCUACAAGCAGCUCUGCCUCGCCGGUGCCCACAGCAACACACAGCAGAGAGCACGUCCCUCCCGAUACUCCUACCACUGACGUGGAGUUAGACUAUGAUGACGAGGAUGGACCUUACAUGCGUCCUCGCCGAGGUCGGCUUCUCUCUUCCGCCAUUUUCUCUUGGCGCAGCAUUUCCGCUAGCGGCGCCGCCAGCAGGAGGGGCUACGUGCGGUCCAACACAGCGCCGCUGGAAGACACAGGCGUUGACGACGACACACAGCAGGUGCAGCCGGUCACCACCAGCCGCUCUGCCACACAACUGCCAGCAUCUCACUGCUCAGGCACUGACACACCCUCGCCUCAGCCAACAAAAACAACACAGGUCAAGCAAAUUUCUCCGACGCCACAACCAGCACCUGUCGAGGACCAUGCUGAAACUAUCUUCAUCAAGAACCCCAACAAGUACAGAGCUCCUCCCCCGCCAAGUACCACCUCGUCACCGCCUCAGAACAAACCGUCUACGGUCAAGGGACACACUAUGAACCCAACACCACAAGAUAAACCUGCCUCCAAGACCACAGCUUCCCAGGAGAAAACUCAAGUCAACGGCUUCAUCAAGUUUGACAGUAAACCCAUGAUGAACGGCUACAUCUCCAAGGAGGUGGAGGAACUGAUCCCGUGUGAGUUCUGCAAGCAGGUGUUUUCUCCGGAGAAAUUUCAAAGCCAUCAGACCAUGUGUGAGGCGGCGAGGUGGCCUCCAGCCCUCCGGCCCACCUCGCCCCUGCACACUGCUCCGACCAAGAACAGGAGCCCCAUUCCCAUCAGGCACAACAAGGGGCCAGCGCCCCCGCCCCCAGAAGACACUACAGCUGCUGACGUCGCCACCAAGACCAGCCAGCAACCUCUCCAAGACCACUUCGAGCAGUGUCUCCAAGACCACUUCGAGCAGUGUCUCCAAGACCACUUCGAGCAGUGUCUCCAAGACCACCUCCUCCACAGCGUCUCAAAGACCUCUAACAACGUCUCCAAGACCUCCAACAGCAUCUCUAAGACUUCCAACAGCGUAUCUGAUACAUCAAAGGCCCACAGCACCUCCGAUGCUUCCACAAAGAGAACCACAAACACCACAUCUUCCUCCUCUAGCGACUCUGCCAAGACUUCCUCCUCCUCCACGUCUUCCGAUUCCAGGAAGACCUCCUCUACCUCUUCUGAUACUAAGACCUCAUCGACUUCCACAAGAGUUAGAAACCGAAUGGAAAGAUCACAGUCGGUGCUAGAUGACCGGGUCUCGUACAGUGAGAAGUUACGUGCCAGCAGACGUCUUGAGCGAGCUUCCAGCAUUUCCAGAUCAUCUUACUACCCUUCCAGCCCCAGCCCCAGCCUGGGACGUCGUUGGAACUCCAGGGAACUCUACUCCAGUAACCUGGAGUCCCCUACCUCAUCCUACUCCUCAAGUGGGUGGAGUGGGAGCACCAGCAACCUUUACACCAGCGAGAACGGGGAAGGCUCUGAGAACGGAGUAGAAAGAGAGGUAGAGAGAGAUAGAGAUAGGAGCAAGCCACAAGCCAGUAGUAAUAACCCUGGCUUGUGUGUCUUCCUGGAGGAAGAUACCGACUCCUUCACCAAGACCAGCAUCUCAAGCAGUGUUGUCCAGAUUGGUGGAGCGAGGUACAGAGAGCGGAGUACAAGUACUAGCAGGCCAGCCUCCAUGUACACUACCAGUGACUCCUGGGGUUCACUAUACGACUUGCAUUCACCAUCACGACAGUACAGCAUCUCUGACGCCUUCUCAACCUCAUCUCUGGCCUGCAAGCCCCUGAGGAAAUCACACAAGAAGUAUCGUGCACCGAAGCCUCCAUGCAAGACAGCGUGACCUCAUGCAAGUUGACCUGACCUCAGAGGAGUUAACUCAGUCUCCCUGCGGGUCGACCUGACAACAUGCAACAGAGACCUGAAUACACAAGUCGAUUUAGUCUCAAGCAAGAUGAACAUUAUAUACAAGCCAGUUUGACCUUAGAUGAAGAGUCCCCUUACCUUUAUGUAAAUACCUUUGGCUUCAGCGAUUUGCCUUCGUGUCGUCCCAUGUAAGGCAAGUUAUGUAUUACACCAACCUAAGUCGAUCACUGCCCAUGUUAGGUUGGUUUCACGCAGACAAGUCUUCAAGACAGCUGAUCACACCACGUACAGAUCUCUCUGCUUCGCCCCGAGAUGCACUACACUGAAAAAAAAAGACAAACGGUUUGGACUAAUAUAGGAACAUCUCCCCAAUCAAUGUUAACGUCUCCGGAACCAAACGGAGGUUAAUGGCGUCCAGGGAAGAUGUAGAACAACAUUAACAUUGUCCUGGGAGCCACACGACUUUUCAGUCCAGUACGGAGGGGAAAAGACUCUAGAGGUAUAUACAGUAGACAGAAAGAGAGAUGCUGCGUGCGGGGGCGAGGUAUAUACUUGGUACUUAAUAGAUAUAUUCUGUGUGGGCAGCAGGAGCCUGGCAAGACCAUCUGAAAUGAUAACAAUACCAGAAUUUUGUGUGAUGGUAGUUAUAAGAGCGUGUGUGGUGCUGGUGGGUCCUUCAUAACUGAUUAGUUACGUCUUGAUGAUGCCUUUUAUGCCUGUUAUGCCUGUGUUUAUACGCCAUUUAUAAAUUAGACGUCAUAAAUGGUGUCCCUGGGAGCCAGAGGGACGUAUAGCCCCUGGGAGCCAGAGGGACGUAGAAUCUCUGAGAGGCAGAGGGAUGUAGAACCCCUGAAAGCCAGAAGGACAUAUACCUAGGGAAAGAGGUUCAACUGAUGAUAAUUGGUGUGCAUGUUCCCCCAGCGCAAUAACGUCACUUCGCCAGAACCUGCAGGAAGUGACAGCUAGAACCUCCAAGAAGUGAGAGCCAGAACCUCCAUGAAGUGACAGCCAGAACCUGUAGGAAGUGACAGCCAGAACCUCCAGGAGUUCACAAGGACUGACCCCGGGGGCACACACAGUAACCUGUUACUCACAGUAACCUGUUACUCACAGUAACCUGUCACAGUAACCUGUCACAGUAGCCUGUCACUCACAGUAACCUGUCACAGUAACCUGUCACUCACAGUAACCUGUCACAGUAACUUGUCACUCACAGUAACGUGAUAAUCACUAGUGCCAGUAACUGACAGUUGAAUCGUAACUCACAACAUCAUCUCGAUAAUGCAGAAGAGAACAUUGCAAGCUUGAGUGCCUAAGUAAGACAUAUGUGCAAUAAUUAGGUACCUUCGUACCAUCAUAAUAUUCACUCUGUCAGACACUGCAACACAGUGGUACCUUGGUACACAUAUGGGAAUAAAGAUACCUAACUGGGGCAUAUAUAUCUUAUCAACCAGUCGGUAUUGUAUACAGUCCAGACUUGAGUGUGGUCAUCUAGCACUCAGACUUGAGUGUGGUCAUCUAGCACUCAGACUUGAGUGUGGUCAUCUAGCACUCAGACUUGAGUGUGGUCAUCUAGCACUCAGACUUGAGUGUGGUCAUCUAGCACUCAGACUUGAGUGUGGUCAUCUAGCACUCAGACUUGAGUGUGGUCACCUAGCACUCAGACUUGAGUGUAGCCAUCUAGCACUCAGACUUGAGUGUGGUCACCUAGCACUCAGACUUGAGUGUGGUCAU